GUUUCUAUGAUGGUAUGCAGAUGAUCUUCCUGUUAUGAAGUAGUUGAGAAAUGAUCAUGGGUUUCCAGCUUAGGAUUGUGAUAGAAGGUUUUGGGCCAUGGAUCCUGAACUUUUGCCGGUUACACCCAACGAGUACGGUACUUUCCAUGCAAUGGAUAGAGCGCUUUAUUCUCUCCUUGCUGUCGAUCUCUGGCGUGAUCCUUAUGAAUCUGUGCAAAUUAUGGCCCUGUGGCUUUGGAUGGAGCGGCUAGGUUUCAAGAAUCUUGUAUUAACAAUCUUAUCUAUGCCCCCCAUGUUGAUAAAUAAAUAUGCUGACGAGGCUUUGACAUGUGUCAAAUGUGUUAAUGACCCUCAGUUUGUGCUUUCAGCUGAAGUCAAUGAAAUUCCUGCAACUUCUAGACUCGUGAAGAAGAGGAUCACUCUCCAAUAUUUUCAUGAGAAUAGGCCCAUUGUGGUGAAAGAACUUCGGAAUGUUGUAACUGAAACUUGUGCCAUGGCUUUACAGGAUGUCAUAGAGGAUGUCGUCAAGAAGCAUAAUGCAUACGAGUCUUUGGUUAACAGCUUUUCUAACUUGGGUUUUGUAGGUGAAGCAUGUGGAGACUACAGUAAUGCUAAUGGGGCAUCACAAGAGGAAAGGACCAUGUUUGUUACAUUUUCGAAGGGCUAUCCUGUUGCAGAAUCAGAAGUCACGGAGUUCUUCACUAAGCUGUUCGGGAAUUGCAUAGAGGCCUUCCACAUGCAACCAGUGAGGUCUGAUGAGCAACCAUUGUAUGCUCGAGUAGUGUUCUCUACGCCUAAAGUCAUUGACUUGAUUCUCGGUGGUGUUACCAAGGCCAAAUUCACCAUAAAUGGGAAGCAUCUCUGGAUGCGCAAAUUUGUGCCUAAACGCAAGAGCUCCUUUCCUCGGUCGCGUUGGCCAUAGAAUCUGUGGUCCUUGUCGAAUCCCCUUGUCCAACAGCUGUGGUCCUUUUGUGUCGGAAGUCUUAUAGUUGUGUCGUAAGGGGUGUCUCAAUAAAGUCUCAGUUUAAAUUUGUAAGUUGUUGUCAAUCAAGUCCAGGGAGGGACGCUUGUACACAGUUGUACUGCUGUUAAAAGCUUUCCUUGCGUGCUGCAAUACAAGUCUUAUGAAUAUUGCCAUUUUUUACUGCAGAUUAUGUAUUUACAUUGGGACUAGAUUGAUGAAAUCAAGAACAUUCAGUAGAACUAGUUUAAUUUAUGCCGUUGAUCAUUGAUG